AAAGCGCGGUUAUAAGAUCUAAAAGAUCUUCUUGUUACGUAACAUAGUCGUGACGGGUUGUCACACAACAGCUCACCACUUGUGAUAAUCACAUGAUCCGAGAAGAGGCGGAAAACAAGAAGCUUCAAGUAGUCGGAGAGAUCGACAACUUCCAUGAUGCUUCGUGUAUUUCUUGUUCUUUUUCUUGUUGCCCUCGCGUCUUCUUCUUUCCACAGAGUCCCAAAACUUUCUGAUCCUUUAGGUCUUGGACUUGGAUGGGAAUUACAUGAACUUCAGGUGGAAGACUAUGUGAAAGGUUCUGUGUGGCCGAAACCGCAACUAGAGUCACAAACUGGCGCCGUGUUCAAGUUGACACCGCAGAAUUUCAAAUUUGUUAUAACUGGUCCGAGCUGCGAUGUACUCGAGGAAGCCAUUCAACGGUACAAACGAUUAACUUUUCCAGACAACGUGGGCGAGUCGAAGAAAAACUUGUCGGAAAUCACACAGCUCUCCAUAAUAGUGAUAGACAAAUACGAGAAACUUACGCUGGAGUCAGAUGAGUCUUAUAAGCUGGAUGUUCUGACUCCGACGUCUAUCCUUGUGGCAUACACUGUGUGGGGAGCACUCCGUGGCCUUGAAUCAUUCAGUCAGAUUGUUCACCAGGAUCCUGAUGGGUUUUAUUUUGCCAAUGGAACUCACAUUGAUGACUACCCUCGUUUUCAUCACAGAGGAUUUAUGAUUGAUACCUCUAGGCACUAUUUAAAUGUGUCAGUAAUUCUUCAGUUCUUGGAUGCCAUGUCGUACAGCAAGUUUAAUGUUCUUCACUGGCAUGUUGUGGAUGAUCAGUCCUUUCCAUUUGUCAGUAAAACGUUCCCACAGUUGAGUGAUGAGGGUGCAAUUAAUAACAAAACACACAUUUACACUCAAGAUGAUGUUGAAAAGAUUCUGGAGUAUGCAAGACUGAGAGGAAUACGAGUAAUCCCUGAAUUUGACACACCUGGCCACACCUUUUCAUGGCGGAGUAUUACUAAUCUGUUGACUCCUUGUUACUCACAUGGAAAACCAACAGGGAGUCUCGGACCUAUCAACCCAACCAUAGAAUCCAAUUAUGAAUUUCUGACUGAUUUCUUUAAGGAGAUUGCCGAGAGGUUCCCAGACAAAUAUGUUCACUUGGGGGGUGAUGAAGUACCCUUCAACUGUUGGCAAAGUAACCCAGGUAUAACCGAGUUUAUGAUGGGAAUGGGAUAUGGCACCAAUUACUCAUUACUGGAGCAGUACUAUGAACAGAAACUUCUGAAGAUAGUCGGCAGUCUUGACAAGGAGUAUAUCAUCUGGCAGGAAGUGGUUGAUAAUGGUGUGGAGGUUCUGCCCGACACUGUCGUCAAUGUGUGGAAAAGUCCAUGGAAAAAUGAGAUAGCAAAAGUGACAGGCCUGGGUUUAAAAGCCAUUCUCUCGUCUUGUUGGUAUCUGAACUACAUUUCCUACGGAAAUGACUGGCACAAGUAUUAUCAAUGUGAUCCGCAAGAUUUUGUAGGAACUGACAAACAGAAGGAACUGGUGAUGGGUGGAACCGGCUGUAUGUGGGGAGAAUUUGUAGAUGCUACCAAUGUGCUCCCCAGGACUUGGCCUCGUGCCCUUGCUGUGGGUGAGAGACUCUGGAGCAACAAGUAUGUGACAGACCUGAAUGAUGCUGACAAGCGCCUUUGGGAGCAUAGAUGUCGCUACAUCAGGCGUGGAAUUCCGGCCGAGCCUGGAGUCCAGUCCCAAUACUGUCGACACGAGUGGUAUUACUAAAGAGAAAGCUGUUUUGAAAUAAGAAAUCAUUUUUCUAAUUAUUUUGCUUAUUUUUGAGUCAGUAGGGUAAAGAAGAAUUUUGUAUACCUGUAAGAGGUACACUAAAUCUACAAACGGUUAGCUCAUCAUGUUUUAGUUUCGCGUUGCCGGUAGUUUGGUAUGAUAGCACAAGUGUCUGUAACUUCACACUAAAAUAAGUCGCAUCUCGAGCAAGUUGUAUGCCUCCAUUUUAUGUGAGCUGUACGCAAAUGUGAGGUUCCAAAUAAAGAGUUUUCUUAAAGAAA